CGUUAUUACGGCGGAGCCUGAGCGAGCAGGGCUUGUCUCUGCGUCAGAGAGAGUUCCCUUAUCGAUUGGCUGCUCCCUGUGCAACGCGGAGGCGUAUAAAAUAGGCACUUUUAAGGAAUUUCACAGACAUUUAGUGGGUUACACGGUGUGGAGGCUGGCUGAAAGAUUCUCUCGUACAAUUUCCGUCAAUCUCAAGUGAAGAACAUGCAGAGCUGCGCUAAAUCCUGGCGUGUUGUCAUCAGCAGGUCGAUGAACGCUCGCGUGCCGUCCAAGAAUUUCAGCAGUAACGGGGAUGUUUUUAAGAAACUUCAACGUUUAACCGCAGAUGUGUCUGCAAAUGUGCGCUGUAUGGGCACCUCACAAGUUUUGUGGUCUAGAAAGAUUGAACGAAUCCUGCCGAGACACGAUGAUUUUUCUGAAAGACACAUUGGACCGGGUGACAAAGAGAAAAGAGAGAUGCUUAAUACCCUUGGACUUGAGUCAGUUGCUCAGCUUAUAGAAGACACCGUUCCCCCAUCCAUCCGCCUGGGAAGAAGUUUGAAAAUGGACGACCCUGUGUGUGAGAAUGAAAUUCUUGAUUCGCUCCAAAAGAUUGCAUCGAGGAACAAGAUGUGGAGGUCCUAUAUUGGAAUGGGUUAUUAUAACUGCUUCGUCCCACCAGUCAUACAAAGAAACCUGCUAGAGAAUUCGGGAUGGGUGACCCAGUACACCCCCUACCAGCCUGAGGUCUCUCAGGGUCGCCUGGAGAGCUUGCUCAAUUAUCAGACCAUGGUCUGUGAUAUCACGGGAAUGGCAGUAGCCAAUGCAUCACUGCUGGAUGAAGGCACUGCUGCUGCUGAGGCCAUGCAGCUCUGCAACAG